UUUCUAUCUAUUCCUUUCCAAUCCACGUCCAAGAAAAAAAAAGAAAAAAAAAAACAAAAAAAAUGAACACUCCAAUAAAACUCGCCUUUCUCAUUCUCUGCAUCGCCCUAACCGCAACCGCAUACGUAGUCCCGACCAAACGUGACGCGGUUACACCAGAACACGAAAAAGCCGUCGCAGGAAUCUGCAGUGUCGUGCAAGACAAACGUCUAUGUAGCAUAACCCUAAGAAACGUCCCAAGCGAUGAUCCCGCCGUUUUGGUCCGUUACUUAGCGACGGCGGCAGAGACUUCCGUUAGAAAGGGCUUGAAAUUCCUCGGCGAUAUCAAACCCAAAUACAAAGGAAACGCCUUUGCAACAAAUGUGAUCGCCGGUUGCGAAAAACAGCUGCACAACGCCUUGGACGACUUUGCAGAUUUCUGGAAAGCGGCAGGAAAAAACCUAACGAGCAUGGCUGAGAACUACUUCACGUGUAAGAAGAAGAUGACUUCGAUCUUCACUUACCACUCGACUUGUCUCGAUGACAUUUACGACAAGACGUUGCUGAAAGAGGUUGAAGGAGGGAUCGGGCUUGGGAAAAGAAUGAGUGGUGAGUCAGUGGAUGUGUUCGAUGGAAUGGGCAAAGUCUUUAACACUUUCAACAUUAAGACCAAACUUAACCAGAAAGACACCGAUACGUUGCUCCCACCACCUUUGUCGUUUUACUACUAUUGAUUUAUUCCUUAUAUAUUAAUAUAUAAUAUUUCUUAUAUAUAAAAAAAAUUGUAUGGCGUCAUCGAUGGUGAUGAAUAAUUUGCAUCGAUUGGGUUUUUCAGAUAUUCUUGGAAUCUUGUAAAGAAAGGUUCCUUCUGAUGUAUGUUUGUAAUUAAUAUGUUAUGGAUUAUAAUCAUGUA